CCCUCUCUCAGGCGCUUCUUCUUCUUCUUAAUGAUCGAUUCUUCUCAGUAUUCUGGAAUUGGGUAGUGAUUCUCAGGUUUUGACUUGAAACGGUAUUGGGGACAAGACACAGAUCGUGCACUAUCUUUGUCAGAUCAUGGAGAUUUUUCGUGGGGUCUCCGUAUUCUUGUUGUCUCUCUGCCUAUAUCUGUCAACUUCUUUCUCGAUCGACAAUUUUCACCAGGCUUUUCCUAUUGUUGAACCUGAUCCUGGUCAUACAAAGCUCCGUCUUAGUAGGGAAGGAUUGGAAGCAAUUAGCAAAAUAACAACUCCCAUUGCAGCUGUUGCGGUGAUCGGUCCAUAUCGUUCUGGCAAAUCAUUUCUACUCAAUCAGCUUCUUUCCCUUUCCUGUUAUGAAGGUUUUGGUGUUGGUCACAUGCGAGACACGAAAACAAAAGGCAUUUGGGUUUGGGGAACACCUAUAGAGCUGGAGAUUGACGGAGUAAAAACUUCUGUAUUUUAUCUCGACACUGAAGGAUUUGAAAGUGUUGGAAAGUCAAAUGUAUAUGAUGACCGAAUUUUUGCUUUGGCCACAGUGAUGAGUUCUGUACUUAUCUAUAAUCUGCCUGAAACGAUCCGUGAAGCUGACAUUUCUCGGUUGUCCUUUGCUGUUGAGCUAGCAGAAGAGUUUUAUGGAAGAGUAAAGGGCCAAGAUGUUGCGUUUGAACCUGCAAAGCUUUUGUGGCUAAUCCAGCGUGAUUUUCUGCAAGGGAAAUCGGUACAGGAAAUGGUGGAUCAAGCUCUUAGACGUGUCCCUAAUACAGAGGGUGACAGAAACAUAGAUCAGGUUAACCAGAUCCGAGAAUCCUUAGCUACAAUGGGUGACAACAGCACAGCCUUUAGCUUACCACAACCUCAUCUGAUGCGUACGAAGCUAUGUGAUAUGAAGGAUGAAGAGCUUGACUCUACAUAUGUUGCAAAACGAGAUCAGUUGAAAAAGAUUGUUGGUGAUAUUAUCCGCCCAAAGAUCGUGAGGGGGAAAACCCUAAACGGGAAGGAGUUCGUUUCUUUUCUGGAACAGAUACUGGAUGCCUUAAAUAAAGGGGAGAUCCCAUCCACAGGAUCACUAGUUGAGAUUUUCAACAAAGGUAUUCUUGAGCGAUGUGUGAAGCUAUACAAUGAGCGGAUGUCAAGGUUACGUUUGCCAAUGUUGGAAGAAUCUCUGCGGGAUGCCCAUGAAGUGGCUCAUGGUGAAGCUAUAAAAGCUUUUGAUGAGCAGCAUUUUGGUCGACACCAUGCGAAGAAAUCUGUCAUGCAAUUAGAUGAACAAACGCAGGAGGUAUACAAGAAUUUUGUCCUUGCAAAUGAAUUCCAUUCCUCAAAGCUCUGUGAGGCAUUAUAUACGAAGUGCGAGGACGAUAUGGACCACCUACAGACUCUUCGACUUCCAUCCAUGGCUAAAUUCAAUGCGGGUAUCCAACACUGCAACCAGAGUUUUGAGCAGCAAUGCGUUGGUCCUUCAAGGCAAAAUUACGAGCAAAGAUUGACUAAGAUGAUGGGAAAGGCACGGUCACUGUUCAUCAGGGAAUACAAUAACCGGCUCUUCAAUUGGUUGGUCGCGUUCUCUCUUGUGAUGGUGGUUGUGGGGCGAUUUAUUAUCAAAUUCAUCUUGUUAGAGAUGGCGGCCUGGAUACUCUUCAUAUUCUUGGAGACAUACACGAGGAUGUUCUGGUCCGCAGAGUCUCUUUAUUACAACCCCGUAUGGCAUUUCAUUGUAGCGACUUGGGAAACUGUCGUCUAUAGCCCAGUUCUUGACUUGGACAGAUGGGCUAUUCCGCUAGUCUGCCUAGUAGCGUUAGGAGUGCUUUACUGGCGGUGCUACGGGAAGAGGAAACACGGGUCACGUUGGCUUCUGCCAUUGUACAAUAGCCAUAAGAGUGGCCGGAAUAGGGCACGGUCAGAGUAAAGAAGCUUCCUUAAACUAAUACAAUAUCCCCGGGGGCGUGCUCGUUGUUUUUGUCAUUCGAAGCCUGCCCAUUGCUACCACCAUAUUUUUUUCUGGGGCUUAUAGAGGAAAUCAAUGGAAACAUGAGUUUUAGUAGUGGCGAAGAAGUAUGAGAAGGAUGGUCAGUUCAAAGAUGGGCUUUCUCUGUGCACCCUGUACCAUUUUAUUUACAUAGAUGCAUUGUAAUUUUGAAUUUCAUAACUUGAUUGGAUCUGUUUAUUAUUUUGUUUCUUCACUGCCAAAGAAGCUUAUUUGUAUC